GUGACGGUGGUGGACUGGAAGUGGAAAAAAAAAGAAUCUCUUUGAAAAAGGUAAAAGAAAAAAAUGUGGAUUUUCUCUCUCCAAUGAUAAAUCCAUUUCGAUUCGCAAAACCAAAUCCCAAGAAAAUAUUCCCUACGUUUCCCCACCAUCACAAUCUUCCCACCCGAAAUUUCUUCAAAUCAACCAAAUUCACUCGUUCCAUAUCUCUGUAAUCUCUCCGCCUUUUCUUCUUUUGUUUUCUUUACUUUUGCGCGCACACACACAAAAACCUCUUCCGGUUCUCUGACAUAACCGAAUCCUUGCCGGGAAAAUGAUGUCCCGGCGGCAACAGCCUGCGGAGGAUCUGGUUUCCCUUGAAAAUUCCAACGAAUGGGUUUUUGAUGAAUAUGGUUUAUUAGAAAACAUUCCUGUCCCUGGUGGCGAUCUUCACUCACUUGACCCUUCAGCCCCAAUCUGGUCCUCUAAUCCUCUCAGUGUUGAAUUUACUGAUUUGUUUGGGAAUUCCGACAAUCUUAAUGAGACAGGCUCCCGAAAACGGAUGAGGUCUGGAUAUUGCAGUGCAUCUGGGUCAAAAGCUUGCAGAGAAAAGAUGCGAAGGGAUAAGCUAAAUGACAGGUUCCUAGAAUUGGGUUCUAUCCUAGAUCCUGGAAGGUCUUCCAAAAUGGACAAGGCUGUAAUAUUGGUUGACGCAUUACGGAUGGUUACUCAGUUACGGGAUGAAGCCCAGAAACUGAGGGAAUCGAAUGAGAGUCUGCAGGAGAAGAUUAAUGAGCUUAAGGCCGAAAAGAAUGAACUUCGCAAUGAGAAGCAGAGGCUAAAGACCGAGAAAGAUGCCCUUGAGCGGCAAGUAAAGGCAUUAGGUUCUCGGCCAGGAUUUGCACCUCAAGCUCCUGCUAUUCCUACUCCAUUUUCUACCCCAAGCCAAGUUGUUGGUGGCAAGCUGGUGCCCUUCGUUGGGUAUCCUGGAGUUUCCAUGUGGCAAUUCUUGCCUCCUUCUGCUGUUGAUACAUCACAGGAUCAUAUUCUCCGCCCUCCUGUCGCAUAAGCUGGCAGCUUGUUAUUUUGAGGUUGCCUUCCUUUGAACAAAGAACCAUUGUUCAUCAUUAUAUUUGCCAUCGAUGCUUUGCGUUUUAGUCUCUACUUUUUACUUUUUACUUUUACUCACCUUCUUUGAAAGAAUAUGAGAAGUGAGAACUGAAAGCAAUGUUUGAAGCUACAUUGAUUUGCUCGGAUAACUUCUGACUUUUGUACGACUAAAUUUUGGUCAAUUAUUGUUGUCAAAUCUUUGACGCUAGGUAUCCUAAAAGUUGGAAAGCAUUUAUUACAAUGGAGUUAA